GACGAUGGAAGCCGACGGCAACUGCUUGUUUCGUGCGCUGAGCGACCAGCUGCACGGCGACCAGACGCACUUUCCCGUGAUUCGCAAGGACAUUGUACAAUACAUCAAAGACCACCAAGACGAUCUCGAGCCGUUCAUGGAAGACGAGGAAGCGUUUGAUCACUACUGCUCGCGCAUGGCCGACGACGGUGUCUGGGGCGGCAACUUGGAGCUCUACGUCGCGUCGUUGCUCUGGCAGCGCCACAUUGUCGUCCACCAGGUCGAUGGCAACCGCACGACCAUCGACUGCGGCCACGCCAAGGCUCGUGCGUGGCACGUGUGCUACUACAACGACGAGCAUUACGACAGCAUCCGUAGUGUCGACGAUGACUUGAUGUCGACGCCGCUGCCGCUCCCACUGCCCGUCACCGAGGGUAAAAUCUGUGUCGAGACAGGUGUCGACACAAGUGCGCAGCGCGAGAGAGACCUCAAGGCCCUUCGCACGGACUUUCCCACGAUGGACACGGACGAAUUGGAGUCGCUCUUUGAGCAGCUGCAGUGUGACCCGGCCAAGGUGCGGCAAAAGCUGUCAGCCAAGACAAAGAAGGUCAAGCACAUGGUCAAGAUGAAGAAGCGGCGAUAGAUACGAGUACACUAUUGUACAUGCGAGCAA